AAGGCCGCUCUCCAGCUCAGGCCUUUCAAUGCGCAGCGGUCUCCCAACCCCGCCCGCCCGUGCCAUGAGCCAGGCGGGGGGCGGCGAUCCGCAGCCGCGGUGCGCAGAGCGCUGCGGGCGCGCUCGCGGCGGGCCGCCGCCGCCGCAUCGGAGUCUGAUGGAACGCUGUGGCGCCCUCCCCCCCCGCGGGGCGAUGAGGCGCUCGCGCGCACAGGCUCGACGAUGGCGCAAACAUCAAUGCUUGAUCAGCCUGGGCGCGCGCCUCGGGACGCCGCCAGGGCUCGAUGCACGCGUCGAUGGCGAGCCCCAUGGAGACAAGGUGAGCGAACUGGAAGUCCCGCACGCUGUCGCCGACAAGUUCUACGCCCGGCAGAGCGCGGAGGCGGGAUGGGCUGGGGGGAAGGGUGGUGAGCCCGGCUGUAGUGGUUCAGAGCGGCUCGACCGCUGUAUUGGGCGCCACCUGUCCCCGCCCUCCCCCGCCCCCGAUGGCCAGAUGAACCUGUACGACACCAGGCGCGGCCCCUCUGCUGGCAAGCUCCUGGGCAUGACCUUCGACGUCCGCACGAUCGCCCUCCGCACGGUGGAUUCUGAUGAUGAGCUCGCAACGACAACACUCUACGAAGAGAUCUGUACCGAACUCAAGAGCCGCUCGGAGGACGGCAUGAUGGGCACCCAGGAGCGAGCAACCCUGGAACAUAGAGACAGCACUGUGGACUCCACGAUCGCAAAGUCUGACGCCAGCUCGGAGCCAGUGAUUGCUAAUCAGGUCAAGCCUGCCCCUGCUGCGCAGACUACUCCUCCUCCUCCCACCUCUUCUCUUGCCCCAAUUGCUCCCGCUGAGACAACUGCCCGUGAUGCACUGACUUCCGAGGUAUCUGACGAGUGGGGCCAUCCGCGCGUGCCCAAAGUUUUCGCCAACAUUCUUAUUGCUUCCAUCCGAGAGCUGCAGGAGUGGGAAAUUGAGUACGAUGAGCACAUUCCGCCUGCCACACUGGUCAGAGAAGCGCUAGAGGGGACAGAAGAAUCAUUGCACGGGGAUCGUUUUCUUCGAUCGCGGCACUACUCCGCUAUCAUGAAAGAGUAUUGUGCCCAACUCACUCAGCUUGUCUCCGCUCAGGCGCGGCCCGCUGCUUGAGCACUAUGCCCGCGCCCACGCACCAGCGAAGUUAAGGGAACAGCCCCUUGCGACGGGAUUUCUUCGGAUGGUGGUAUAGCCAGCACGUCCAUUUUUGUAAGUCUCCAGCCUUUCAAUCAGGCCUGAGCUUUCAUCCCUGAUGUCGACGUAUAUA